AUGAGCGGCCCCUCCAGGCCGAGCUCCCCCGGGCCCGCGGAGAGCCUUUCCGGGCAGCCCCUGGGGCCGGAGCUGCUGCGCUGCCCCCGCUGCCGCCUGCUCCUCUGGGAGCCGGUGACCGCGUCCUGCGGUCACUCCUUCUGUAAGCCGUGCCUCGGCGGGGCCGGGCCGUCCCGCUGCCCGCUGUGCCAGGAGCGGCUGGAGCUGCCGGGCGUCGGGGCGGCGAGGUGCAGCGUGGUGCUGUGCGGGAUCCUGGAGCGAUGCGUGCCCCGGCAGCGGCGGCUGGCCGGGCUGGAGGAGCGCGUCCGGGACCGCCUCGCCCGCGGGGACGCGCGGGAGGCGCUGAGGAUGGCGCAGAGAGGGGUCGAGCUGGCCCUGGACUGCAGCUCGCUGCGGCUGUGCCGGGCAGAGGCGCUGCUGGCAUUGGGGCAGUAUCCACAGGCACUGGAGGACCUGGAUGCCCUGUGCAGGGCUGAGCCUGCAGAGCACGAGGCCUUCUUCAGGAAAGGGAAGGUGCUUCUGGAGAUGGGGCAGAGAGCUGAAGCCCUGCUGGCGUGGGAACACUGCCUGACACUCAGUCCCCAUUUCCAGCCGGCUCGGAGAGAGAUGGAGAAGAUCAUGAUGGAAGCUGAUGCUCCUCAGCCAUGCACGGCUGCACACCCGGGUGAUGCUGCCCUGAGCUCAGCUGGUUCCCAGGUGGAUGGAGGGAGCCCAGUGCCCCCAUCUUCCACGCAAGCUCAGGAUCAGGAGGGAGAGCUGUCACAUGGCCGAGGGGAUGCUGGCUCUGAGCACAGCCAAGACACAGCCACCCUGUCCCAGCCGGGGCGACGGCAAGAGCCGGAGACGUCGGCAGAGAGCCAGGGCCGGUGGUUGUUGGAUAAAGAGGAGGAAACAGCAGCAGCAAAGUGCACCCAGCCAUGCCUCGGGGAGUCACUGAGCAUAUCUGACUUGGAGUGCUCCCUCUGCAUACGGAUGUUCUUCGAGCCGGUGACGACGCCCUGUGGUCACACCUUCUGCAAGGAGUGCCUGGAACGCUGCCUGGACCACCGGCCCAACUGCCCCCUCUGCAAACAGAGCCUGAGAGAGUACCUGAAGGCUGGGAGGUACAGCCCCACGGUGCUGCUGCAGGACAUCAUGCUGGCCACCUUCCCCACACAGCUGGCCGAGCGCCGGGAGCUGCACCGGGCGGAGAUGGCAGAGCUCUCCAACCUGACCAAGAACAUCCCCAUCUUUGUGUGCACAAUGGCCUUCCCUGGCAUCCCCUGCCCUCUGCACGUCUUCGAGCCUCGGUACCGCCUGAUGGUCCGGCGGUGCCAGGAGAGCGGCACCAGGAGGUUUGGCAUGUGCAUAUUUGAGAACGGGAAAAGCUUUGCUGACUACGGCUGCAUGCUGGAGAUCCGUCAGGUGGAGCUGCUGGCCGAUGGGAGGUCCUUGGUGGACACCAUCGGCCGGCAGCGGUUCCGGGUGCUGAGCCGCGGGCACAGGGACGGCUACCACACCGCUGACAUCGAGUACCUGGAGGACAGGAAGGUGUCCGGGGAGGAGCUGCAGGAGCUGCAGUGCCUGCACGAGAGCACCUAUCGCCUGGCGCAGCGGUUCUGUGAGCACGGAGACCUCACCUCCAGGCACAUUCUGAUGCAGCAUGGCCCACUGCCCGAGAAGGAGGAGGACAUCCAGGCUUCAGCAGACGGCCCGACGUGGUGCUGGUGGCUCAUCUCCAUCCUGCCCCUCGACCCGUCCUACCAGCUGAACCUCUUCUCCUGCACGUCGCUGCGCGCCCGCCUGUCGCAGCUGCAGCACAUCCUCACGGCGCUGCUGCAGCAGCCCCCUCCCCGCCACCUCCUGCCCGAGCGCAGCCCCCGGGGCCGCGUCUGAGCCCCCCGCCCUCCCCCGGAUUGGCCUGCGCCCUCGGGCUCCCCUCUGCGUCACUCCGCCGUUCGCGUGUGGCUUGAGGCGCCCCGUCCCCAAAAGCAGUGACCUCAGCGACGAGCCGGGCAGGCCGUGCCCAGCUGUGCCCAGCUGUGCCCGCAGCGACUCUGCGCCGUCCGUGCCGCCUCUGGGUGCCGCUGCUGGGGUGCCUGGGGUGCCUGGUGCCACUGCUGCCGAGCUGUGCCACCAGAGGGGAUACGGGCACCUGGGGCUGGCUCGUGUCUCCAAAGCCAGAGUCACUUGCUGAGCGGCUUCUGCACCGAGGAGCGUUCUCCUUAGGGCAGAGGAAUGAGUGCAGGGCUUGCCUCAGUUUUGGUUCUUCCACUUUGAAGGAUGAUUUAGGGGUUUUGGUAGAGGAUCCUGAUUCAUGCAGGAAAUGUAGAGGCUGGGGAGAGGUGGCAUUGGGGAAGCAGAGAAGUUCCAAUGGCUUCCCCCAGCUUUGGGACCCGGCAGCUCUGCCGCUGCUUACGGCUUUGACUUAGUUUGUGUUUGAACAAGAAGGUUAAAUUAAACAAUCUGAUACCCGUGGUCUCGUUCCUAAACCAUCUCCGUGGCCUCACGGUGAGGAGGUGGUUCCCUUUGAAUGCUCUCAGGUCCAGACAUCCCCUCCCCACUGCUCUGCCGGGUGCUGUGCUGUGUUUGCUCGCCAGACCCUUCCCCAGGGCACUGCCAGGCACUCCCCUCCCCUCCCUGCCGCCUCCAAUGCUGUGAAGUGCCAUGGGAGGGGGGUUUUGUCAGCUUUGGUGCUUUUCCCCCUACCCAAAGGCUGCUGUUCCUGACCCUGCCUGGGUUCAGGUUACAGGGUCGGACCUGGGGUGCUGGGAGGAGCUGAUAGCACAAGGGAGUUAAGUCUGGAAGUUUUGUUGUGAGACUUUCUGCUCCUUAACUUUCUGCAGUUUUUCCCUGUUCUGUGUUUCUUGUGAACUUUCUGACUCCUCAGGAGAAAAUCAGGAUCUCAGCCGAGGCUGCACCCUUGCACUUGGGACCCAGAAUAAUUCAGGAUCUCCCAAAAGAGCACAGUCAAGUCAAAGGGAUCCAGAUCUCUGGAGAGGCAGGGAGGGGGUAGGGUCAGUGACUGAGGCCAUGAGCCACACGUGUGAGGAGCGAGUGCUUGGCUGCUGCUUGUCUCUAGACACAGGCCAAAGACUCUCUGGACAGACCAGGCCUCCAUGGAAAUCCUGAAGGUCUGGGAUUUUUGUCUUUCAUCCAUAAUUUCAGUGGCUUUGGGUUCAAUUCUAGGAGUGGCAUCCACUUAGUCAUUGGAUUAAUAUUGCUUCUGGAAUUUUAUCCCUCUAUUUCUCAAAGGCACCACACCCCCUCAGAGAGCUGUUGGAUGUGUGUGUGGGAGAGGAAACCACGGCAGUGAUCCUUACUGCUGGGGUGGGAGACUGGGCAUAGCUCCAGAGAGGUCCCUGCCCAGGGCCACCACCUUUCCCUGUCCUUCUGUCUCCAGGAGUGAGGGGUCCCUGUCCCUGCUCUCCAUCAAAGUGCCUCCCUGGAGUGGCAGGAGCUGAGGGCUUCCUCCCCAGGGACAAGCACAGGGCAGCUGAGGAGAGCUCAGAGCUGGAUUUGCUCCUCUGCCUUUGAGCCAUGGUGCUGGCCCAGGAGUGCCACAGCUCCCAAGGAGCCAAAUCCCUGGGCUGGCAGAUGGGCAUGGGCUGGGGUAGGUGAUGAAGGGAUGCUUUGCAGUCCCAGGGCAGGUGGCAGGAUGAGGAUGACGCUGAAGUUUGGGAAGUGCCUUUCUUUUCCCCCGGGUGUGGGCUCACCAAGUGACGUCCCCACCCCAAGCCACUCACCUAUCCCGUGUGUUGCUGUUUCCCCAGGGUUGAAAGGUCCCUGCGGGUCCCUCCAGCAAGGGGUUGGCGUGGAGGGGAUGCAGGGAGCAGUGUGGCUCGGCACCUGUCACACUGGGGAGGAGCCAGAGCCCCAUCGGCCUGGCUGCUUUGGGAAGGGAUCCGUGCAAAUCGCUCCAGUUUGCUUGGAGCACAUUCGUUUGGUUUGGUUUUUCUUACUACCUUUGCUCUUGGAAUUACAUUUUCUUUCAGGUCGUUGAAAUAAAGACUUUUGUUGUUGCU